AUGGAAGACAACACAAGAGUUAAUAAAUCAACAGAAGAUAAUCUGCUGCUGUGUUGUGUCUGUUUCUCUCCAUCAGAUGUCUGUCAGCUGGAACUGGACACAAACACAGUGAACAGAAAACUCAAACUGUCUGACAACAACAGGAAGGUGACAUUAGUGGAGGAGUAUCAGCCAUAUCCUGAUCAUCCAGAGAGGUUUGACUACUGGUCUCAGCUGCUGUGUAGAGAUGGUCUGACUGGUCGCUGUUACUGGGAGGUCGAGAGGAGAGGAGAGGUUAAUAUAUCAGUGAGUUACAGAGGAAUCAGGAGGAGAGGAUACAGAGAUGACUGUGUGUUUGGACGUAAUGAUCAGUCCUGGAGUCUGAUCUGCUCUGAUGAUGAUGGUUACUUUGUCUAUCACAAUAAGAGAGUAACAUCCAUCUCCUCCUCCUCUGUCUCUGGUAGAGUAGCAGACAUCUCCUCCUCCUCUGUCUCUGGUAGAGUAGCAGUGUAUGUGGACUGUCCUGCUGGCUCUCUGUCCUUCUACUCAGUCUCCUCUGACUCACUGAUCCACCUCCACACCUUCAACACCACAUUCACUCAGACUCUCUAUCCUGGGUUUGGGGUCUGGUCUCGUGGUUCCUCAGUGUCUCUGAGUCCUCUGCAGGACUGAGAGUCUCUCCUGGCUCCUCGGUGUCUCUGAGUCCUCUGCAGGACUGAGAGUCUCUCCUGGCUCCUCAGUUUCUCUGAGUCCUCUGCAGGACUGAGAGUCUCUCCUGGCUCCUCAGUGU